AUGAAGCUCUCCCUCUUCACCGCGCUCGUUCCGUUGCUGCCUUCCAUCUCGGCCAUACCUGCUUCGUCUCACCUGUCACCAAGACAGCAAAGGUGCAUAGGAGAUAGCGAACCUGGCCUGUGGGUAGUGGAGAAUCUCGAGGUGGAAUAUACUGGCGACGAAGUGCUCCAGCGCGGCAACGCCACGUUCACGCUCACCAACACCAACACUGAAGUCACCGACACCCUGCGUUGCUCCCUACGAGCCAACUACAUUUGUGAAUUUUAUGGGAUCCCGUCUGAUCCGAACCUCGAUAUCUGGUUGCAGCUCAACCUGAACGUUGCAAGCUUCACCCUGAACAAGACCCUUCCUGAUUGCCUAGGGCCUGAGUGGGGCGACGCUUGGAUUGUAGGACAAACCGAACUGUACCUUGAAUGCCCACAGGAGUGGACCGACAAGAUGGUCUGCCAAGACGAUGGGAUCAAGGGUGUCGCAGACGGAGAUGUGGUGCUGCCCGAAGGCUGGCCGAACGGUCGAGAGGAUGAGAAGAGAGAAGUGGCUGCCGAGAACAGACAGGACGGGGUUGAUCAGGUUGUUCGCAAAAGAAUUUCUGGAGGAGGAAGCCAGGCCGAAUAUGCACAGCCCCAUCAGCAGACGGAGCGCAGAAAGACCAGACCUGUUCAGCCCGUCGGUGAAGAGGAGGCUGAGGCUUAG